GGAGCUCCGGGCAGGAAUAGAAACUGAAACCGACUCCUUUACAUUUUGCUGCCGCUGGAACGAGCCACAGAGUCUGGCAAGGCAAGGGAAGCGCAGUGCUGUGCAGCGAAGGGGAGAUUUGGUGGAAAGAAAGACAGAGAAUGGCAGAGGAGAGCCCGUCCCGCGACGCCUCCAUCCUGGCCCUGAUUUCGGUCUUCAGGCACCGGAUCAAGCGCAACAUGCAGGUGAUGCGGGUGCUGGACUGGAUGCCCUCGCUGAGCCCCGAGGACAAGGACCGCAUCCGCGCGGAGGAGCGGGCGGCGGGCAACGUGGCGGCGGCCGGGCUGCUGCUCCAGGUGCUGGAGAGGGCCGAGCCGCGCCCCGCGCCGGGCCUGUGCCAGGAGUUCUACCAGGCGCUGGUGGAGGGCGGCUACACGGCGGCCGCUGCCUACCUGGACCCCAGCCUCAUGCCCUCGCCUUCCCUGGAGGCCGCCGGCGACGAGGGCGCCUUCCUGCUCGGCCUCUUCGAGUUCGUGCUGGUGGAGCAGCUCCGGGCCACGCAGGUGGCCAUGGCCUGCCUGGAGGAGGGGCUCUUCCACGACGAGGACCUGGAGCGGGUUAAAGCUGAAGAUGCCAGGGGGAAUUGCCCGGCAGUGAGAGAAUUACUGUGCAGGAUAGUGCAGAAGAAGGACUGGUUCUCGCCAUUUGUGAAAGUCCUGCGCAAAACUGGACAUGAAAAAGCUGCAGAUGCCCUAUGUGGGCAGGAAAAUGGUAGCGUAAAUGGAGUUUCUGCACCUGUGGAUGAGGUGACAGCAGCUGACAGGCCUCUGGCUCCUGAAGUUGUGAGGGAUUUGAACCAGAGUGCAGAACUUGAUCCCAGGGCUGCUGGGGAGGAUAAUGCCAUAGAAGACUCAUUUGGGGCAGCCUCUGCAAUGUCAGAGUCUGAAGCCAGCUUGCUGGAUGAAAAUGUAAAUGAUACGAAUGAAAGCUUCAUGGCCAGUGAUGAUUCAGACGAUGUUGUGGAUAGAAAACAGAGAGAUUCACCCGAACCAGAGCUGUGUCUCAGGGACUACCAAAUGGAAGUAGCUCAACAAGCCUUGGAAGGGAAGAACAUUCUGUUGUGCCUCCCUACAGGCAGUGGCAAGACCCGAGUGGCUGUUUACAUUGCCAAAGAUCAUCUGGACAAGAAAAAAGAUGCAGGGGAAGAGGGGAAAGUUAUAGUCCUUGUCAACAAGGUGCCAUUGGUGGAGCAACAUUUCCGAAAAGAGUUUCACCCUUAUUUGAAGCACUCUUAUAAAGUGAUUGGACUGAGUGGCAUGACGCAGCUGAAAAUCUCAUUCCCAAAAGUUGUCAAAGAUAAUCAUGUCAUCAUCUGCACAGCUCAGAUUCUUGAGAAUGCAUUGCAAAAUGCAGAGCAAGAUGAAGAAGAAGGAGUCCAGUUAUCAGUGUUCUCCCUGAUCAUUAUUGAUGAAUGCCAUCAUACUCAGAAGGAAGCCGUUUAUAACAACAUCAUGCGCCGGUAUUUGAAACAAAAGAUGCAGAAUGAGAAACGGAGGAAAAUGGGGAAACCACUAGUUCCUCAACCUCAGAUUCUGGGCCUGACAGCUUCACCUGGUGUAGGAGGGGCAAAAAAUCAUUCCAAGGCUGAGGAACAUAUUCUGAAAAUUUGUGCCAAUCUUGAUGCAUAUGGGAUCACAACAGUCAGGACAAAUGACUUAGGUCUGAAUAGUCAGGUGAAGGAGCCACGGAAGAAGAUUGAUAUUGCGGAUGAUAAAACAAAGGAUCCAUUUAGAGAAGAACUUGUGAACAUAAUGAUGAAGAUCCAGGGCUAUUGCCAGUUCAACCCAAAUGCUGAGUUUGGGUCCCAGACCUACGAGCAGUGGGUAGUUCAAGAGGAGAAGAAAGCUGCCAAGGAAGAGAAUCGCAAACACCAUAUCUGUGCAGAACACUUGAAGAAAUACAAUGAUGCUUUACUGAUUAAUGACACCAUCCGAAUGAUAGAUGCAUAUAACCAUCUCAAAAAUUUUUAUAAGGAGGAGAAAAGUAAGAAGAUGGCAGUGAAUGAAGAAGAAGAUGAGGAGGAGGCAGUAGCAUCCAAACCUGAUGAAACAGACAUAUUUCUUAUGGAUUUAUUUUAUGGCAAAAAGGAUAUGCUACAAAAAUUAGCAACUGUGGCCAAAUACGAAAAUGAAAAACUGAAACUCUUGCGUGAGACCUUAAUGACUGAAUUCACAAAGAAACCUGAAGCGAGGGGAAUCAUUUUUACAAAGACACGGCAAAGUGCAUUUGCCCUUUAUGAGUGGAUUAAAGAGAACCCCAAAUUUGAAGAAGCUGGAGUGAAGGCUCACUACCUUAUUGGUGCUGGGCAUAAUAGUGAAUUUAAGCCCAUGACUCAGAAUGAACAGAAGGACGUAAUUGAAAAAUUCCGUAUUGGAAAAAUCAACCUGCUGAUUGCUACAACUGUGGCAGAAGAAGGCCUGGAUAUCCCAGAGUGUAACAUCGUCAUACGCUAUGGUCUUGUUACCAAUGAAAUCGCUAUGGUGCAGGCCCGCGGGCGAGCUCGAGCUGAUGAAAGUACCUAUGUGCUUGUGGCGUCAGGUGGGUCAGGGGCUGCUGAGCGUGAAGGUGUCAAUGUUUUCCGAGAGAAAAUGAUGCAUAGAGCCAUUAAGCGUGUUCAAGACAUGCCCCGAGCAGAAUAUGACAAUAAGAUUCGGGGCUUCCAACUGCAAAGCAUAAUGGAGGUAAAAAUGAAAGCGAAGAAAGAGCAGUCUAAAGCAUACAAGAAAGAUCCAUCCUUGAUCAAGUUCCUCUGCAAAAACUGCACUAAGCUGAUAUGUUCAGGUGAAGAUAUUGAGGUCAUUGAGAAUAUGCAUCAUGUCAAUGUCAAAAAAGAAUUUAAAGGCCUUUAUGUUGUAAGAGAAAACAAGACACUGCAAGCAAAAGCCGCAGACUAUCAAACAAAUGGGGAAGUUAUCUGCAAAGAUUGUGGACAAGUGUGGGGAAGCAUGAUGGUACACCGAGGUCUAGACCUGCCUUGCCUAAAAAUAAAAAACUUUGUGGUUGUAUUCAAUGAGAAGAAAACUACCCGAAAGGAUAUGUGCAAAAAAUGGGCAGAGCUGCCCAUUAGGUUUCCAGAGUUCAGUUAUGCAAAUAAUUAUGAUUUUAGUGAUGAAGAAGAUUAAGGAAGUUGGGAAAGUUUUGAAUUGCAUUACUACUUCUUAAACACUCACAUAAGAGUGUUUAUCACUGGCUGACUUGAAACAUCCAGUAAUAACUUGUGGACUGAAUGAGAAUAUUGUAUUAUGUUGGGUUCCGUUUGCUUGAACUGUGGCAGUUCAUGCAAAUAGUAGUGAAAUGAGAAGGAAUAUGGCUUGACAAAUAUGUGUGUGUAAAUCUUCCCUGUGUGCUGUAUUUCUAACAUGAGCGCAAUCUAAGUUGUGGGUAUAAAGACUGCUAUGUUUAGGUGUUUACAUUCUAUAAUGAAAUGCUUGUCCAGGAUGGAAAAACACAAUUAGUGUGACAUCAGACCUAUGUAGGAUCAUUUCACUAAAGUAUAGGAUGCUGUGUUUUUCGGGCUGACAUGGCCAUACAGGCCAAAAAAGUUCACAGUAGCCAGUAAUUUCAGCCAUGAAAGCCUUCGACAACGCAAAGUAUAGGAUGCAUUCUCUGCUUCCUUGAUUAUUUUCUUACCAAAUUUAUAAAUAAUAAUGGCAUUCAGAUUCUUACAGAAUUUACAAAAUAAAGUCUUCCAUAUUUAUUGAGGGUCAAAUGUAUAAAGUUAAGAAUGUGAAUCCAUUGGAUAGGUCCAACUGGUGUAGACCUCCGGAAUAAAGGGUAUUUACAUUAGUGGGGCUGGAUCCACACUUCCGUACAAUCCAGAUUAUCAAAUGAGAUAACUAGACUGGAUUAGAUGAGUCUUCACUGUCAGAUAAUCUGUAUAUAUGACAUUAUAGAAGGGGCCUUAGUCUGCUCUGUUUGGGAUUAUCAGUAGGAUUCAGGCCAUCAUGUUUUGCUGUGAUCUGAGCAUAGUGUGAUGUGUUAUCAAAAUGUGUGCUUUACUGUAGUUGUUUUCCCUUUUGCACUGGACAGUUUGUAGCUCACUUUUUCUAAAUUGCUUUUUAAAAGAUUUUAAAAAAACUCCAAUGUUGACUUCA